AUGCUGAAAGAUCAGUUCGCUGCGCUGAACAAAAACUGUGAUAGAUGGACUCUAGCUGAGGAUAGUAGCUUAUGCAGUUUAAUGGAUACACUGAACACAUCGCUGCAAGCGCAAUUAGCUGACGCUACUAGACGUCUGGAAGCAAGCGAGAUCGAAGCCGUGAAAGCAGAGAAUAAAGUUUCCCAAUUAAAUAACCGCGUUGCUCUUUGUGCUGUGAAACAAUUUAUUGAAAGCCGUGUCUCCGAUGAUUACCCUGUGAACACGACGUCAAACACACCUCCCAAAACGAGAACACGUGGAGACCGACAGGAAGAAGCAGUUGAAAAUGUUAAAGAGGCUGUGGCGUUGGGCUUCAAAAUGAUCCAAGAAAAAUUCAAACGCAUCGACAUUAACGCGCAGGACUUUGAAGAUGUUGAUGACGUUUCGUUUCUCCCUGAGCCAGUCUUCGAGCCUUACGACCCCCAUCUUGUGAGACCACUGCCUUUCAUAAUUGGUACUGAAGAAUGGGCUGCUUCACCUACUGCAGGACUUUAUGAACCUACCGCUAGUGUAUCAGAGGCGCCUGCUUCGUCCGAUGUAGUUGUUGAUGUCCCUUCUGUGACGAAGGAUGAGGGAGCAUCCGAAGAGGGGGCAGAAGAAGAAGAAGGAGAGCAGCCUGCUUUUUUGAAUCCUCGCCUGAAUGGGGUUGAUUCUCUUUUUACUGAUUCUGAAUCUGAUGACGAGUCUUCAGCAGGAUCCUCUCCCACCCAAGUUUCUUCUAGAUCCGCUAACCAGUUUUUGAGGAAACCUCGUAAAGAUCGUGACGGGCAUUCUAACUUGUUCCCUAGUGGCUCCUCUUCUGAGGAGUCGGAUUUUGACGUAACGUUUAAUACGGUACCUGGUCAGAAGGGAUUUAAAUCAAAUGAGAAUCUUGCUCAACAAGAAUUCAAAAAUCGUCUUGCUAGUCUUAUAGUAAGGCCGCCAGGUCCUCUUGGAGGAAUAAAACCAAAAAAAAAACCGGAGGAGGAGGAGGUCACAAGCCCGAAGCUAGAAUCACCAAAGGAAGAAAAUAGAACUGGGAAGGUUAAGAUAGGCCUCUUUUUGGCGAAGGCACGGAUUCGAGCCACUGGCCGUCGUCCUCCUGAAAGGCACAAAGAUGCUGCACGGAGAGCAGCUGCUGAAAAGGAGGGAGCGCAAGCCAUUGGAGCGGUGUCUCCAUUUGGAGAAGAUGAAAUGGUAAAAAACGUACUCCAGAACUUGUUACAACAAGUUCAUAAUGAGGUUAGGAAGAGAAGUGGUUCAGAAGCGGAAGAAGAACUCACUCUGGAGGAACCACCUGAGAAAGUCCGUGCCGUGAGAAAGAGUAGUUCCUCCGCACUGAUGUCUCUUUUAGGCAGAAGGAGAACUUCUUCAACUAAGAAUACCGAUGACGAGGUUGUUAGGAAGAAAAGUACCUCGAAAGAGCCAGAAAAGAGGGGAUUUGAUAACAGGAUACCUGUUGCUUUAGAAAAGCAGAAAGAAGAAAAAGCUUCAGGUGAACGUACCUCUGCAAGAAAAAAACGUUUUUCAAAGGAGGGACGAAAGGUUGAUGAGCAGAAGGAGGAACUUAAAGAGGGUGAGAAGAAUGUUGCUGAAAAAAAAGCUGAAAAGCCUGCUGAAAAAAAACGCGUAGGAAAAGGAGUUAAUAAAUUGGCAGAAGAGUAUGAUAGGUCGGAAAAAGUACUCGCAGAUCUUACAAGCGAGGUUACAAGGCCUAUGGCGGCACAGGUUGAUGUCAAAGGGAUUAAAAAGGCUGUUGCUGAACCAAAAGGAGAGGUUGGCGAAUUGACGGAAGAAGUUAAGGCACGUGGUAGGGAGAAUGGUGAAGUUAGGAGAAAGAAAGAGGAUACACAAAAAAUGAAGACUGCGGAAGGUGAGAAGGUGGAGACGGAGAAAGCUACCUCUUCUGAUCUCGGUGGAAAGUACCAUUUAGAAGGGGAGAGUUCUUCCAAGUCUGCAGAAGUGGCGCAGGGACAAGAUGAUGCGUUCUUAAAGACCAAAGAUAUUUUUACCCUAAGACUGGAGUCAUUACAGUUGCCUGCGAUUGAGUGGAAACCGUACUGGUCACAUAAGUCCAAAACGGAAGAUUUCAGUCUAUAUGCUGUCAAUAAUGAGACUAGACUCGAGGCGAAAAGAAGAAGCACAUGUUCACUGUUUGUUGAGAAGCGCAAAAGUUUUUUUGAGUCCCUGAGUGGUAGUACCUCAGUAAGGAAUGGGAAAUUUGGGCCAAAACAUUCUCAUGGUUCUCUGGCUUUACGUGGGGAAGCCGGGAGUGUAAAAAUAAAAAAAAAUGGGGAAGAAAGUUUAGGGCGAGAAGUUUUGAAAGAUUCUAGCUAUGUUGAACUUUUGCAGCCUUCUGACGAAGAAUCACCGAAAGACGUAGGUCUCACAGGUACAGCAGGGGAGGAGAAGCUAUCUCUGUUUUUCGACUCCGACGAUGACAUUUUUAAAAAGACGUCUUCGACUACCGAGGAGAUUGUAGCUGAAGAAGUUCCAACUGCAUCUGUAGCUAACAGUGAGGAAGCAGGUGGUGAAGCAGCGCACCCAGAAGUGGUACCUCGAGAACCUUUGAAUAAAUUUGAUCCAAAACCGACUCCUGCUCCAAGGGCUGUAACACAACGUAUAUUCGACUCGGACUCAGAUGAUGAUUUAUUUAAAAAGUCUAAAACAGUGACGAAGGCGGAAGAGUCGAAAGACUCAACGGCGAAAGCUGGAGAAAAGCCUUUCAAAUCUGAAAAAGUUGUUAUGAAAAAGCAAGAAGUUCAGUUAUUGAAAAGGCACGAAAAGAAAGGAGGUUUGUUUGAGGAUAGUGAUUCCGAUAAUCUGUUUGGUUAA